AUGACGAGGUCUCAGAAGGUGGAGGAGAAGAAGGCUAGGGUGGAGGAGAGCUUGAUUGUGGAGAAUGUAGCCCCCUCAAGCCCCCAAACGCCAGAAAAGAUUGCGGUGCUUGCCAGCAACACACUCCCCGUCGAGGUCCUCCUCAGCGGUGACGAUGGGUCACGGACGUUCGUGUCGAGCCAUCUGAACAUCGCCCCGGACAAAGAGAUCGUGUUCAAGAACAACGCAGGGUUCCCCCACAAUGUGGUGUUCGACGAGGAUGAGAUCCCAUCAGGGGUGGACGCGGGGGCGAUCUCGAUGAGCGAGGAGGACCUGCUGAAUGGCCUUGGCAAGACCUAUAAGGUGACGUUGAAGGAGAAAGGGUCCUACAGCUUCUACUGCUCCCCUCACCAAGGAGCUGGAAUGGUGGGAAAAGUUACCGUUAAUUAG